GGAUCAAGAACUUUGGCCACGAAGAAAAACUCCACUUUGCGCCAUUAAAUUUAAAUUUGCCGCCAAGCCGCCUCACUUCGCAACACUCGAGCGCUGCAUCCCUGGCUUUCCGACACAUUCCAACACUGCAGGACUGUCAGCUGUCAACUCUCCUGUGUGUGUGUGUGCGAGUGUGCGUGUGUGCGUGUUGCAAAACGUCGGCGUUGCACUAAAAACUUAACAAAAAUCGCGUUCCUGGCCGAAAACCCGGGUUGCUAACCGUUUUGCGGGCUAAGAACUUGGCCCCCAGGCAGCCGGCCACAAAAAACCCGCCCCAGAAACGCGCCGUCGCAGCAAAAAAACCUAAGAAAAGCGCCAGCGAAACGCGCGCGUUGUGUGUUUUUCUGUGUAGUUUUAUUUUUGGAAUAUAAAGCGAGAGAGAUCCGAUCGGAAAAGUGUGCCGCGGCCGGAUUUCAGUAGAUAUUCACACAGGCCAGAAAGCCCAAACGCAAUAAUAGACGCGCGCGGUGCCUUGGAUUUCUACGGCUCCACGGUGGAGAACUUUUACCUCAGAAUGGAUCCGACGCGAGGUGACUCGCGCUACAAUCUCAACUACUCGAUGAGUAGUAUUGGGCUGAGUCUGGCGGAUCCGGCGGAUAUGUACGGUAAUCCCGCCCUGGGGGCGGGUCGUCCGCCCUCGGGUGGGCUGCUCCAGAAUAUGGGCGGUGUGCCGCCCAUGCAGCGGGCAAAUCCCGCUGGCGGCGGCGGAGGAGCACCCCCUGCCACCCAGUGCCAAACGCUCCACAGCCCACAACACGCCUCCCAACAGCAGCAGCAGCAGCAGCAACAACAGCAGCAGCAACAGCAACAUCAGCAGCAGCAGCAGCAACAACAUCCCCAACAGCAACAGCAACAGAGGGGUCUCAAGCGAUCCGGCAGCGAUUGCUACGAGGAUCACCAUCGAUCCUCCGGCGGACUCACCCUCCAAGGACUCGAUGGCGUGGCCAGCGGAGCCGUGGACGAUGGCGUGGACAGCUACAACCCACUGCCCAAUAAGAAGUCUCCACCCGCCAACGGCAAAAAGACAAAGGGACGUGUCAAAAUCAAAAUGGAAUACAUCGACAACAAGCUGCGUCGCUACACGACCUUCUCCAAGCGCAAAACGGGCAUCAUGAAGAAGGCCUACGAGCUGUCCACGCUGACCGGGACGCAGGUGAUGCUGCUGGUGGCCAGCGAAACGGGCCACGUGUACACAUUUGCCACGCGCAAGCUGCAGCCGAUGAUCACCUCGGAGGCGGGCAAGCAGCUCAUCCAGACCUGCCUCAACUCGCCGGAUCCGCCCAGCGUCGGUGGCGGCGACCAGCGGAUGUCGGCCACCGGAUUCGAGGAGACGGAGCUCAGCUACAACAUCGCCGACGAGGACUCGAAAGAUGACCGAUCGCCUACCUCGUCGGGCAACGAGUCGGAUGACUCGUCGGAUGUGGAGAUGCCGGCGGAGGCUGCCGAGGUGGCAGCCAAGUCACAAUCAGCCAGCAAAACAGAGCUAUCAGCGCCUCCCGUUGCCGCACCAUCAUCAUCAUCUGCCUCAUCUUCUGGCCCCAAAACCAUGCCAGCAUUGACCUAUCAGACUGAGACUAACAACGGACCCUCGACGUCCACAGCCGCUGGAGGAGGAGGUGCAGGAGGAGCCCCAGCGGACAGCAAGUACGUCUACUCGGCUGCCUCGAUUGCCAACAUACCGCAGAAAAUGCUGAGGCAACUCAUACAGUCGGGACACUUGCAGCUGCACGCUGAAGAGGAUGGCAAUCAAUAUGUUACCAUACCACUCAGCUCCACGGCGGCCAAUCUGAUCAAGAGCAACAAGCUAACAGCCUCUGGAUCAGGAACCUCGGUUUCGGUGCCGGGAACUCCAGUCAAGAGCGAUCCCAGUGCCGAAAAACCCUUGACCAUCAAACAGGAAUACGAUUAGCCCCCAGCUACGCUACCCACUGCUUAUCCAAUACUGAGAACUGCGUUUAACCACACUUGCCCACAUCAUCUUAAAAAAAAAAGCAUCAGCAGGAGAUUCCCAUUACACACCCACUACUCUCUUAAAGUCUAUCCAAAGUUUUCGCGUCGUCUGUAACGGAUGACGAUCGCCUGCUAAGUCUAAGUCAUACUAUAUCUACUAUAUCGUAUAUAUACUAUUUUUAUACCUAUACAAGAAAAAGUGAGAAGAGAUGAAAACCCUGAUCUGGUACCCAAGAUGCCAGCGGCAUAGCUACAUACGUAAGUUUUAAAAGUUUUGCAAGUUAUACAACCUAAAGGCAUUAAACUGAUAUCGAGAUGAACUAUGAUCGAUGAUUGUAUGAGAAAU